AUGGAAGAUGGAAGUUUUGAUGAAAAAUUUGCGAAUUCUAUUUUGCUAGAAUCGUUGAAGGAAGCGCUUAAACAAAUGAUAGAUGAGUUUUACGUAGAAAAGGAAAUUGGCAUUAAAAUUUAUAAAGAAGCCUGUAUGAAUAUGAAAAAAGAAAUACUGGAGAAUUCAAGUCAACUAUCAGAUGUGAAUAUUGGUGGGCAGUUAAAAAGUUAUUACUGCAGAAAUGAUGUUUGGACAUUUUUUUUUAAAAAUUCUCUUUUUAAAAUUACUAAGAAUAAAAAACCAAAAAAUACGUCAAAGGAUUAUAAGAACUAUCAACCACUGAAUUUAAGAGUGUACAAGAAUUUUUAUGAUAAAAAGGAGAAGUUCUUAAAAGAUUGUAUAGACAAUAAUAAUGUGAAAUUUUUUAAAAACUUUGGAAAGCUUUAUGCACGUAUUGUUCAUAAUGAAAACAAUGAAAAUGAUACGGAUGACACAUUUUUCUAUUAUGAUGGAUUAAUAAAAAUAUUGUGCGUUGAGGAUUCGCUUAUAUAA